AAGGAGCGUACGCAUCCGACAAGCUGCAGACGGAACCAUUGCUUCGGCCGUAGCAGUGCAUGGCACACGCUUGCCGGUUCCUUUUUUAAAAUUGUCUAUGGUGUUUAAAAAAUAUAACUCUAAAACAUUUAAAUAAAAAAACGCGCUGUUAUUAGUUUCAAAAUGGAGAAAUAUUGUGUGUUCUUUUUUAUUUUGGCGGCAGUGUUCGCGCCCGGCUCUUCAAACUCACACAUGUUCGGCGGGAGAUGUUCCCGCCGGGACCCCAACGUGGACGGGUGCCUGCUCCGCAGCUUCAACAGCCUCAUCGAGUACCUGAAAGGCGGAGCACCAGAGCUCGGAAUUGAAGAGUCAGAGCCUAUAGUAAUAGAUGAGCUGUCGAUAGCCCUGGGCGGGGGACCUGAUGGUUACCGAGCUACCUUCAAAGACAUCCACGCCACAGGAGCCUCCAAUAUGACCAUCACUAACGUCAGGUCGGACCUGGAGAGCCACCAGUUCCAGCUGACGCUACUGGGGCCGCACAUCAGCGCGCGCGCGCGCUACCGCUCCUCCGGCGUGCUGCUCCUAGUGCGCGCUUCGGGCGGCGGCGACUACUGGGGCGAAUAUGACGGUGUGAAGGCGAAAGUUUACUUCCGCGGGACGCCAUACUCGCGCGGAGGCCGCACAUACCUCAAGCUGCAGCAGCUGAAGCUGGACUUCUCCGUCAAGGACAUACAGAUGGGCGUCGAGAACCUGCAUAAUAGCAACUCUGUAUUACAGGCGGCACUAAACCUGUUCAUCAACACGAACGCUCAGGAGCUGCUGAAGGAGAUGAAGCCCGACCUGAAAAAAGACCUGGCUGAGAAGAUGUCCCGCUUCCUCGACCACAUCCUCGAGAAGAUUCCUUACGACGACUGGAUCGUGGACUAGAACCUACAUCAGUAGACAAUAGGGAACCGGACUCAAUUUUUAUUUGAUGCCUCUUGAAUCACAUCGAUUACCAAAAAAAUUCCCAAUAUAUAAAUAAAGAUUCACAUUACCCGUGCUAAUUGUACAUUUUUAUGACAUAAUCGACAGGAAACGGACCUUACAUACAUUUAUGUGGACAAAGUUUAAAUAUACUUUCUACUGAGAAGUAGAAAGACGAUUAAAGGUCCUUUCAAUGUGUUUUAUCAUAUUUUUAUAAUAUUAAUGCAAAUUUUAAUAAGUCCUGUACCUUAUUCGGUCUUCUAUUAGUCGUUGACACUUAGGAGUACCGUUUUGUAUAUAAUUCCUGCAUUAUUUAGGUAUCAAUAUGUAAUACUUAAUACUUUGUGAAAUAAUGAACUAGUUGUAGGCGUCUACUUGGUUAAGUGUUUUUUUUCUCCUUGACUAAGGACGAUUUGAGUAAGUUAUUAUAUUUGACAUAAUGUUUUCAAUGCGUUUCUUAUCGAAAUGUAAAAAGCAAAUUCGAAUUUGUAGUAACGAACUUGGAUAUAUCGAUGCGCUUUAUCACUACUUGUGCUAUGUACACGUCGAAAUGAUCUAUGGGUGAGACAGUAGUAUGAGAGUUAGUCCCUGUCACUAACUUAAUUGUGACUAACUUAAUUGUGAGAAAUCUCUUAUGUACAAAGUACAAAAGUAAAAAAUAAGUGAAUACAUGAAACCAGUGAAUGUAUUUAUGACAUAAUUAAUCUGCCUAUCGUAUUAUAUUAGUGAACUAUUUAGAUAUAAGUAAUUUAUUUAUCACUGAAGUUGGGAACUAUUUUAUGUAAUGAAUUUUUUGAAGUCUUUAUACAAACAAUAAAGAUUCAGUAUUUGUCGCAAUAAUUUUUCGAUCAACAACCA